CGAAAUGGGAAAGGCUCCAUUUUUGUGUGGACUUCAGGGAAUGGAGGUCGCCAGGGUGACAGCUGCGACUGUGAUGAUUACACUGACAGCAUCUACAUCAUCUCCAUUAGCAGUGCUUCUCAGCAAGGGCUUUCUCCCUGGUAUGCAGAGAAGUGCUCCUCAACUCUGGCCACAGCAUACAGCAGCGGGGAUUACACUGACCAAAGAAUUACAAGUGUUGAUCUUCACAAUGAAUGUACAGAAACUCAGACAGGGACCUCUGCAUCUGCACCUCUGGCAGCAGGAAUUUUUGCUCUGGCGCUAGAAGCAAACCCAGAUCUAAUGUGGAGGGAUAUGCAGCACUUGGUAGUGUGGACCUCAGAAUAUGACCCACUGGCUGGAAAUCCAGGAUGGAAAAAGAAUGGAGCAGGACUGAUGGUCAACAGCCGAUUCGGGUUUGGGCUACUCAAGGCCAAUGCCUUGGUGCAUUUAGCUGAUCCCAAGAGAUGGAAAAGUGUACCAGAAAAGAGAGAGUGCAUUGUCAAAGACAAGAGCUUUGAACCCAGAUUAUUAAGAGCAAAUGAAGAAGUCAUUAUUGAAAUUCCCACAAAAGCCUGCGAGGGCCAAGAGAACUCCAUUGCAUCUCUGGAGCACAUGCAGCUCGAGGCAACAACUGAGUAUUCCUGUAGAGGUGAUCUGCAUGUUACUCUGGUUUCUCCAUCAGGGACCAGCACUGUCUUACUGGCUGAGAGAGAGAGGGACAAAUCUCCCAAUGGAUUCAAGAACUGGGACUUCAUGUCUGUCCACACGUGGGGGGAAAAUCCAGCAGGCACCUGGAUUUUAAGAAUUACUGGUAUGUCCAGGCGAAUACAAAAUGAGGGGAAGAUUGUAAACUGGAAAUUGAUUUUGCAUGGCACUGCUACCCAGCCCGAGCACAUGAAGCAGCCACGUGUGUAUACAUCCUACAAUGCUGUGCAGAAUGAAGGAGUGGAGAAGAUAAUGGAUCUUGUGGAGGACCAUACGACACUGGAGAGCCUGAGUGAAAAACCCAAGGCCACAGAAGACACCAGCAGUGACAAAGCAGAAGAUAAAACCCCUUCAGAAGCCAUGCUGCAUUUACUGCAAAGUGCUUUUAGCAGGCAGAUGGAUCAGAAGCAGCUGCCAAAGAAGACUGCAAGUGAGAAGUUAAACAUUCCACACGAACACUUCUAUCAAGCCCUCAGAAAAUUGAACAAGCCCUCCCAGUUAAGAGGCUCAGAAGAAAGUCUGUACAGUGACUACGUUGAUCUUUUUUACAAUGCCAAAUCUUACAAGCAUAGAGAUGAUAGACUGCUGCAAGUGUUGGUUGAUAUCAUAAAUGAGGGAAAUUAACUGUAGGGCAUGACACUGAGUUGGAAAUAUUAAUUCUCCCCACCUGUAGUUUUUUUUCCAAAGUCUGUGUAC